AUGCUCCGGCGGGGCUCCCUGCUGCUGUGCCUGGCCGCCCUGCCCGCCCUGUGCGCCCCGCCGCCGGAGACGGAGCUCGUCACCCCGCUCCUGCUGGACGGGCCGCGGCGGCCGUUCAAGCGCGGGCCGGCCGAGCCUCCCGGGCGCGGGGCGGUCUACCGGAUCCGCGCCUUCCGCGAGGACUUCUACCUGCGCCUGAGCCCGGACGCGCAGUUCAUCGCGCCCGCCUUCAGCACGCAGUACCUGGGCUGGGGGAAAGGAGGCGAGGAGGCCGCCCCGCGCCACUGCUUCUACUCCGGGGACGUCAACGCGGAGGCGGACUCCUUCGCCGCCCUGAGCCUGUGCGGGGGGCUGACGGGGGCUUUCGGCCACCGCGGCGCCGAGUACCUCAUCAGCCCGGUGAAGGGCGGCGGAGGCAACCGGGCGCGGUGGGGCGGCGGCGGCGAGCACCUGCUGCAGCGCCGCGCCCCCGCCCGCCGGCCCGCCUCCCGCUGCGGCGUGGCCUCGGGGCCGGCCCCGGCCCUCCGGCAGGCCCUGCAGGGCUACCGGGGCGCGCCCGGCCGCGCCAACGCCACCGCCACGGCGGCCGGCCGCGCCAAGCGCUUCGCCUCGCUGCCCCGCUACGUGGAGACGCUGGUGGUGGCCGACGAGUCCAUGGCGCGCUUCCACGGCGCCGACCUGCAGCACUACCUGCUCACCCUCAUGGCCGCCGCCGCCCGCCUCUACCGCCACCCCAGCCUGCGCAACCCCGUGCACGUGGUGGUGGUCAAGUUCCUGCUCCUGGGGCGCGACGACAAGGGCCCCAAGGUCACCGACAACGCCGCCCUCUCCCUGCGCAACUUCUGCGCCUGGCAGAAGAAGUGGAACAAGGGCAGCGACAAGCACCCCGAGUACUGGGACACCGCCGUCCUCUUCACCAAGCAGGAUUUGUGUGGAGCUACCACCUGCGACACCUUGGGGAUGGCAGAUGUGGGCACUAUGUGCGACCCCAAACGCAGCUGCUCAGUCAUUGAAGACGACGGUCUCCCCUCUGCUUUCACCACGGCUCAUGAGCUGGGGCACGUGUUCAACAUGCCCCACGACAACGUGAAGGUCUGCGAGGAGAUCUUUGGGAAGCUGAGGACCAACCACAUGAUGUCGCCCACGCUCAUACAGAUCGACCGCACCAACCCUUGGUCUGCCUGCAGCGCAGCCAUAAUCACAGACUUCUUGGACAGUGGUCAUGGUGACUGCCUCUUGGACCAGCCCACCAAACCUAUUGCACUGCCUGAAGACCUCCCCGGGACCAACUACAACCUCAACCAGCAAUGUGAGCUGGCCUUUGGCGUCGGCUCCAAGCCUUGCCCGUACAUGCAGUACUGCACCAAGCUCUGGUGCACGGGGAAAGCCCGCGGCCACAUCAUGUGCCAGACGCGUCACUUCCCUUGGGCUGAUGGCACCAGCUGUGGAGACGGGAGGUUCUGCUUGAAGGGUGCUUGUGUUGAGAGGCAUAACAUCAGUAAGUACCGGGUGGAUGGCAACUGGGGGAAGUGGGAUCCCUAUGGCCCAUGCUCUCGGACCUGUGGCGGAGGAGUCCAGCUGGCGAAGCGUGAAUGCAGCAACCCCCCACCUGCCAAUGAAGGGAAGUACUGUGAAGGGGUUCGAGUGAAAUACCGCUCCUGUGGUCUGGAUCCCUGCUCGGAUUCAGUCCCAGGGAAGAGUUUUCGGGAAGAGCAAUGUGAGGCUUUCAACGGGUUCAACCACAGCACGAACCGGCUCACCGCCACCAUCUCCUGGGUGCCCAAGUAUUCUGGAGUGUCUCCUCGGGACAAAUGCAAGCUGAUUUGCAGAGCCAAUGGAACCGGGUACUUCUAUGUCUUGGCUCCAAAGGUGGUGGAUGGCACCCCGUGCUCUCCGGACUCCACCUCGCUAUGUGUCCAGGGAAAAUGCAUCAAGGCUGGAUGUGACAGGAAACUCGGCUCAAAAAAGAAGUUUGAUAAAUGUGGAGUGUGCGGCGGGGACAACAAGAGCUGCAAAAAAGUCUCUGGCCUGUUCACCAAACCGAUGCACGGCUAUAACUUUGUGGUGCUCAUCCCAGCUGGCGCAUCCAGCAUUGACAUCAGGCAGCGAGGCUACAAGGGCCUAAUCAGUGACGACAACUACCUGGCGGUGAAAAACGGGCACGGCAAAUACCUCCUGAACGGGCAUUUCAUUGUCUCGCCCGUGGAGAGGGACCUGAUGGUGAAGGGCAGCGUGCUGCGGUACAGCGGGACCGGGACGGCGGUGGAAAGCCUCCAAGCCUUUAUGCCCAUCCAGGAGCCGCUGACCGUGGAGGUGCUGUCGGUCGGAAAGAUGACCCCGCCUCGGGUCCGGUAUUCCUUCUACCUGCCCAAAGAAAACAAGGAGGACAAGUCCUCGUACCGCAAAGAUGGGAAGCGCCCGCCGGUCCUCAACAACAGCAUUCUCACCCUCUCGAACCGCCUGGAUUCAGGCCGGCCGGAUUACAAACGCCCCUCUUACAAGUGGGCCACCACCAGCUGGGAGGACUGUUCCGUCACCUGCGGCAACGGGCUGCAGAAGCGCAUGGUGCUGUGCCGCGACGUCCUCGGCCAGCUGGCCUCCGCUUGCGAUGCCACUCAGCGGCCCACCGACAUCAGGAUAUGCGGCGACCCCUGCCCCACGUGGGAGGCGGGACCCUGGUCGCCGUGCUCCAAAACCUGUGGCAGGGGGUUCAAGAGGCGCAUACUGAAAUGCAAGGGACGGGGCGGUGUUCUGCUGCCCCGCGACCGCUGCAACCUCAGGAAGAAGCCCCAGGAGCUGGACUUUUGUACCCUGAGGCCGUGCUGA